GUCCACCCCGCAUACAAAGGCACGUUUUUUGCUGGCUCCCCGUUUUUGGCCUACCAACAAGACAACUAGAAUUAUCGCAAAAGUGAGGCCGUUUCUCUUAAAUAUAAUUUACGGGUUGGAGAGUAGGUUCUUUUCCUUUAUGCUUUUAUGGCUCUAAAAAGAAUACACAAGGUACAGAAAUACGCUCGCUUGGACGAACAGUUCGCACUUCCGCGAAGCUUGGGAAGUGUGUUGUGUGAUUUUAUGAUGAGGCCAGUUUUGUGCAUCGUAGCGCUUGGAAAACACGCAGUAGUCGACGCAGACUUUAGAGUAUCAUCCACUCUUGUUGUUUGAUUGAUAAGUAUGCUUUUAUGACAGGUUUUCUUCUGUCUGUAGGAAUUACAAGACUUAGGACGAGAUCCUCCUGCUCAAUGUUCCGCCGGCCCCGUUGGCGAUGACCGUAAGUUUUUCAAUUUUUUUAAAGACAUUCACAGCUGAGAGGCAGUAAAACUGUGCUAGAAUACAACGUACAGAUACUACAAUUACUGUUAUUUGCUUUUGUGGCCUUUAUUUCGUGUUUUAAUGGCCAUAAAAGUUCGUUUCUGUUUCAACAAUAUGUGUCUUAUUUUACAACAACUUGGGUAUGGCGAAUGACGUUUGUCAUUUACAGACCUGUUUUCUCUUUUAGUUUUUCAUUGGCAAGCGACGAUAAUGGGUCCGGUGAGUGUAUAUAUAUGUUUCCCAAAGUUUUGAACAAAUGUACAAAAGUUUAAAACGUUUUUCAUGUGUAUAUUAAUGUUCUUCUUUUGUUAUGCAACAGCCUGACACGCCAUUCCAAGGGGGUGUCUUUUUCCUGACAAUUCAUUUUCCUACAGACUACCCGUUUAAACCACCGAAGGUAAGCGGAAAUUUAAUAAAAAACACGAAUAUUUGGGUAAAACAACAAUAUAUGUGUGUUAUGACUUAUAUGUCAUUGACUAUACUCAUUAAUGAAGUGCAUGAUAGCUAUAAUGCUUUUGGCUUUGUAAGCAUUUUUUAAUAAAAGCAUUUUACUAUGCAAAAUUCUCAGCAAGAAAUUGUAACAAAUAACCAGUGACAUGACAUAGUUGUGAUGCCUGUGCCCUAGUGGAAAGUUUGUCCCUCGCAUGCCAAAGAUUUUAUACCACCUGGUGUUUUCUGACUUUUGUAUGCCAGGUAGACUAAAAUCAUGUAUGCCAACCUGGCAUAAAAACACCUUUGCGGCAUGCCGGCUAUAUAUUCGGCAUCACAUACAAACCUCCCAGUAUUGGGUUUCCAGGAACUGUCACAUGCUAGUCUGGGGAGUGGUGUUCCCAGAAAAAGGGGAGGUUCCCCUUGUCGAAUAUGAUCGGAGUAGUCAUAUUGUUUGGUUAACUCAUUAAGUUGCAUUGUGUAAAAACAAAGUAAAAACGUGUAAAAAUAAAGCUUUCAUUGGUAGUGAUGAAACUGCCUGAAAAAUACCAAGGGAAUUUUGACGUUUCGAGCGAAGGCCCUUCGUCUAGAGUUACUCAUACACCCUACUAAUAUUAUUUUACUCUGGCUAAUGAAUAUUGUCAGUUGGUAAAUUUGUUGGUUCACAUUUAGCAGAUAUUUUUCAAAAAAUAUUUGUAGUACGUAUUCCGAAUUGUUUAUUGUGCCUCCAAAGAAAUACAGAACACGAAAUGUAUUUUACAAUUUAAUAGAACAUUUUCUAUAAUGAACUAUAAUCACAACUUGCUGUUUUUAAAAUCCCAAGUCACAGUCACAGUAACAGUAUUUUAUCCCACUCCCCCCUGUUUUCUCGCAUGUGUUCAGCAAUCCCCUACAAACUCUAAAUGUCCAUUGUUGUCCUCCAAAAUACAUUAAAUGUCUAAACCAAAAUAACGUCAAUUUCCAAACAGUAAGUUGAUAAAUAUUGACAGAUGUUAGGGAGUAAAAUAAUGAAAGGACAUUGUAUUUGUGAGCAUUGUAAUAAAAUUUUUUUGGUUUUUACUUUGUCAGGUGGCUUUUACAACAAAAAUUUAUCAUCCAAAUAUAAACAGUAAUGGCAGUAUUUGCCUUGAUAUUCUGCGAUCACAGUGGAGUCCUGCUUUAACUAUUUCAAAAGGUAUGUUGUGCAUCGUCAUAAAAAUGUUGAUAGUUCUAGAUUACCCCUACAUGUGCUAACUUUUACAAUUAUUCCACAUAGUUCUUCUCUCGAUUUGUUCACUGUUAAACGAUCCUAAUCCUGAUGACCCGCUAGUUCCAGAAGUAGCCCGACUGUACAAAACCGAUAGACAGAAAUACAACACCACAGCAUCAGAGUGGACGAGAAAGUAUGCCAUGUGAUAGCACAAUGCUGUCUUAUAUAUGGUUGUCGUCUUAAAUAUCUCAGACUUUCGAGAAAUAACAUUUAUAUUGUUGGUGGAGGUUGUAUAAUUCUCAUGUAUUAUUUUUGAAUAUGCUUGCAAACCUUUCUUGUCUGUGACCAUUUUAUUUUGCCCUGCCUUUGAACUAUUAAUCUCCAUUUUCUCCGGCAAACAAAUUAUGUAGACUACUAAACAAAUUUACAAAAGGCAUGGGUUUAAAAUGGGAGGGACAACAGAGUAGUGACUUGUAAUUAAUAGAGACAAUUUGAACAACUGUAGUUAAUUUUAAUAUUGUGUUAGGGUGUUAUUCAGAAAUACAUGUCUAAGUUCAUUGUAAGUUUCCAUAGUGAUGUAUAUUUUUGUCUGACAAAAGCAAUAGACCUUAUGCAUAAUGACGUCACAAGGCUUGAUGCCCGCAUGGAAUGCUGGUCUUGUAGUCAUCGCCCUGGAAAAUUAAACAAUUCAAAAUGGCCACUAUCGAAAUUUUCCCGGGCGAUGGCUACUAAGACCAGCAUUCCUCGCGGGCAGCAAGCCUUGUGACGUAAUUAUGCAUAAGGUCUAUUUGGGUAAUAUCUCUACUUCCAAACCUCUGCUUUUAAUAGGAAUACACCCUUCUGGAUUUCACGUUGCAAAUAGAAACUUGUUUUCCUGUGUAUGUAGUGACCUUUGCUAAAUUGUGAAAACAAGACUCUGUUGCCAAGGUGACAUGCUGUCCAGAAGUGUGUAUUGUAUUUAUAAAUUUUCUUAAUUUUUCCUAUCCUUCCAUAACUAUGUGCAACAAUAAAGACAUGGCGAAAAUGUAAAUAAACUUUUUCACAGCCCUAGU